AUGGACGACGAAAUUGCAAAAUGGGUAAGCUCCUGCCGUCCCUGUCAAGAAUCCCGACCAGCGCCCCCAGCAACCCCUCCCACCAAAUGGGAAAGCGCCAACGCACCAUGGUCCCGUCUACAUGUUGACCUAGCCGGCCCAUUCCAUGGCAAAACAUUCCUAAUAGUAGUAGACUCAUUUUCUAAGUGGAUCGAUGUGGCACUCCUACUCUCAACCACCACACGAGCAAUCGCCCAAGCACUGACUCGUUUGUUCGUCACACACGGUCUCCCAGACACCAUAGUGUCGGAUAACGGUUCUCAAUUUACGUCCACAGACUUUAGCCGGUAUGUCACCAACCUAGGCAUCCAGCACAUCCUAAUGGCUCCCUUUCACCCCUCGAGCAAUGGGUUGGCCGAACGAGCAGUCAGAACAACCAAAGAGGCCCUCGCCAGGUUCUCCCAAGAUGACUGGCAUUCCAGACUCUCUAGAUUCCUUAUAAGCCAACACUCGACCCCAUGCACGGUCACAAACAAGUCACCGGCAGAGCUACUGAUGGGCAGA